AUGAGUUCAUCUACGUUGGAUUCAGUUUGGGCAACGCCUUCGGAUCGCAAAAGAGCAGAUGAAGGAUUACCAGCUACACAUUACACAGAAGCAUUACGAGUAAACAAGGAUUUACACCCCGAAUCGUCGUCUACUUCUCCAUCGUCAACACCAUCACCAUCAUCACAGGCAGCACCGUCCACUUCAAUACAUACGCCAACACCACCUGAACCGACAUCAAGCACUCUUGAAUCUCGUUGGGCUACGCCAUAUGACACAUACAAGGCUGAGCGAGGUAUGGGGGUGACCAAAUACUCGGAAUCGCUAGCUACAGGGCAAAACGACUUGCAUCGUCGAGAGCAACAGCAAGUAUCGGUGAAAUGGGGCGAUCAGGGCACCCAAGUACUGCAAGAUACUCAUGGGUGGCAGUCUGCGAGCAACAGUGAUGGCAGUCGUUGUGGCCGAGAUAAUUAUAAUAGUAGACGUGACGGUGGCAGCACCAGCACCAGCAGUAGUAAUAGUCCCUAUGAUCCGUCCCAACGACGAUCAUGGAACGCUCAGCAGUUACGAUCACGAGCCCCAUACUUACAAGCUCGUAGAGAUGAAGAUAAUUUGAACAAUUUAUCGCCACAACAUUAUCAGCAACAACCACAGCCUUCAGCUCAACAAUAUGAACCGGGAUCUGCACACCCAUGGAAUAUGAUAGCGAUGAAAAACAGGGUGCCCACAUCAACAACAACAACAAACAACAAUGGUACAACACGAUCGUCGACACAUCAAUACAAUCAAGACCCUUCCUCCUCUCCAUAUCCGUUGUGUAACGCACAAGUGGAGCACAAGAUCACUACUUCUGCCGAUACCUCUGUACCAUGCAAAUCGUAUAAAGAAUGGACUAACGAAAUACGACAAAAGCUAGAAAAAUACGCAGAUUGGAAAGAAGGCAAUGAUUUUAUCAAUUCGCACCCGUCGUUGUGGGAAGGAGGAGAUAACAGUUGGUGGAGCGAGCAGGAUUUACAAACUUCUCAGGGCAAUGAUACAACAACAGGAGCCACUGACAACAAAGCUGCAUCUCCUUCGAGGUCAUGUAUUACAGUAUCACAGCAGCCUGCCCAAAGUAACUAUUAUGACAACAGUUCCGGUGCAUAUAACGACACAAAUACUGCAAGUACUGGCAUUGACAAUACAUAUGGUACGACGACGACGACUACGGAAAACCAAUCAACAUGGAAUCCUGAAGCAUACAAGCCAUGGGAUGAUGAUGAUGAUGAUAAACCGGCCCCACAACAGCAACGGCAAAUAGCGCAAAAUUACGGUGCACAUACUCGGGUAUCAUCGUCCAACAGCAACCCUCACUAUGAUUACAACAGAAUGUCUGGGCCGACACUAUCUCGGUCGUCAUCCUGGAAUCCAGAGGAAACGAAAAAAUCCUGGGAUGAACCAGUUUUACAACAAGCUAUUCAAAUUAGUAACCCGAUCGACACGCCGAUUGGAAGCGGUGGUAUACGAUCACCAAAUGGAACCGGAUCGGUAGCAGGAAAUUAUCAGAAAAGUACAGAUAGACCGAUGUAUGGAGCGCUUGUACGGCAGCAUUCGUCCCCGGGAUCAUCGAGUCCCUCUGAUAGUUACAACGGUGGUGCAUCACCACAAUGGCAGCAGUUUAAACAAGAUCGACGAUAA